GAUGAGUACCAGCCAAUCAGAGGCGGAGUAGGGCCGAUCUUUGCCGAACACUUCUUCGCCAUCUCCCAGAAACCAAAAUUGUCGGAGUACGUCCAUGCUAGCAACCUAUUGUUUUUUUUAACAGCGUUUGCUAGCAAAACAAGUGGACUUAUACGAGGUUUCAGCUUCUUAGCUGUGUUUGCUGGAUUGAUAACAACUUCAGCCCACUUGCCAACUGCAUGCAACCUUUCUCUUGACAGUGCACUGAAUGUGAAAAAUGGCUCGAGAGAGAGCAAAGAAUAACGCCAAACGCAGGAAAUCCAAAGAUUCAACCAAGAUGUUAGCAAACAAAUUAAGGGCUCGGGUGGACAUUGGAGUGGCGUUUGAAAAGUGGCGUGAACUGAAAGCAGAACAGGGGUUGAAAACUGACUCAGAAGUGGCCCUGUGUCUUCUGGAUGUAAUGAAGAGGUUGCCCACCAAUUCAACUCUUUCUGGAGACCGUGACAAAAAGAUCAAAUUCUCCCAAUCUGAAGUACAAACACUGAUCGAGCAGGAGGUUCGCAGUGCAGUGAAAAAGAAUGAAAAAAAACUGCAGAAUGUAGCAGAGGCUAUUCAGCGGCUGAAUGGUGAAUUUGACUAUGAAACCUCCAUGGAAAAACUGGAGGCCCGUGUUAAGUUGGUGACUAAGAGAGCAGAAGCCGUUCUUGCCAACGUGGCAAAGACACAGAAAAAGACUCCACUGGCAUCUGAUAAUGUGGCCGUCAGGAGGACACACUCUCAGGAUGAAACCAAGGAAGCCGCGUCACACAUAGACAAGAGCACAGAUUGCAUAGGCAAGAGCAGAGACGUCUUGCAGAUGAUGGAAACCACUAAAAAGGCACUGAAGAAGAUGCGUGCACAUAAAGUUGCUUUGACGAAUGCUAUAGCAGAUUUAAGUGAAGAUCUGCCUCUUCCACUUCCUCCUCAUGCCUCUCCUGAGAUUACGGUACAUCACAGGCGCAUAAAGAAAGAGCCAGAUGAUUGUCAUGAAAAUGGAAACAAGUUUAAGGAGUUCAAACAGCUGAAGGAGCCGAAAUCAGUUCGUGUGAAACAGGAAUGCUUCUCUCAUGAUGAUAGUAACAGUUUCAAGCAAACAGGCCUAAAGCAGAGUCCACUGCCAUCUCAUGUUACUGUGACCAUUGAAAGGAUACAGACUCAGGAUGAAACCAUGGAGACUGUGUCACACACUGAUAAAGGCACAGAUUGCACAUACAUGAACAAAGACGUCUUUCAGGAAAAUGAAAACAAGUUUAAGGAGUUCAAACAGCUGAAGGAGCCAAAAUCAGUAUGUGUGAAACAGGAAUGCUUCUCUCAUGAUGAUAGUAACAGUUUCAAGCAAACAGGCCUAAAGCAGGAAAAUGAGCCCAAGUGUGAGGGUGUGAAACAGGAAUGCGUUUCUCCUGUCGAUCGUAACUUUCUCACAGACUCAGAGCUGGAAGAGGAUGAGGUUGCCUAUCCUCCUCUUCCCACUACCACAUUUCCCUCCAUCAUGAACAUAGAGGCUGCCUCGUACAACAUACCAAAGAGACUACUAGUACACCUGGCUCUCAUCAAGCAACCUGCUGGCCUUUCUGUGCUCUGGAACGUGGAGGAGGAGGACCCUUCAGGUCCACCCAUGGAUAGUUACAGCAUCUACAUAACCACGGAAAAAGUUAAGGGUUGCGGCAUCUUCAAAGAAUGGAAAACCCUUGAUGAGGUGAGGGCCAGCCCUCUGCCCAUGUAUGCAUGGAUCCCCAAGUACAAGCCUGGGUACAAGAUGUGUGUUGCUGUUGUGGGCAAAGACAAGUUUGGCCGGUAUGGACCCUAUAGUGAAGUUGUAACUGCAGUCAUACCUGAAUAACUGGGAGGAGGAUAUGGGAAGCAACUACUGCCUCAAUAAGAACUGUUUUCAAGUGCUUCAUAUAUUACAAAAGAAGCAGCCAUGCUUGAAGCUUUUCAUCCUUUCCUUUCAAUUUGUUUGUUGGUCCUCCACUUGGGCAGAAGUAUUUAUAUUAUGUGUUUAUUCUGCGUUGAGAGAGGACACACACCACACACACAGAUUUCAACAUUCAAUAGUUACUGUUUAACCCAUAUAACAGCAGGUC